CGUGCGAAGUGCAUGCAGAAUAAAAAAUAAAAAAUGAAAAGACACAAGAUCGGUGAAUUUCCACGAAACGCCAGCCGUACCCCCCACGAUGAACGUCGCUACCAGCACGCGCAGCACCGGUACCGUCUACACAAAGGAUUGCUCGAUGGAUUGGUCGAUGCGGAAUUUCUGGAAUCGCCGGUGCGAACAGAUGUCGCCGGGAGUGACAAUGGAAACCGGGAGCGCGAUGGGAGUUGGGGACAAACGGGAAUGGGAGUGGGAGGAAAGGCGUAGAAUUUUGGGUUAGUAUCGUGCAGAAAAAUUGUGAAAAUUUUGGUAUAUAAAGGCGGCUCAAGCUGGAGCCAAAUCAGAUUCGAACGAUAAGCCAAAGUGUUAAGAGCUUCAUUUCAUAACAUCCGAAAUAAUCCGAAUCUCAAGGAACGAUCCCCCUUUCUGUUGCAUAGACUCCCGAGGCAGCGAGGAGCACUAGCUGAAAGGCUUGGAGAAUUCCCCGUUGUAGCCGUAGGAGCCGGAACCUUCGCCCGGCGGAGCCCCUCGGCCGCAACAUUGGUGGCUCCAGAGAGGAGAGCCUCACCGUAAGAUAGUGUCGUCGCGUCGUUGCUAGACCGGAGUGGACGAGCCGUGUAGCUACCGUGCUCCGUGUUACCAAGUGCGCCGUGGUCCCGAGUGUCCAGCCGCACCGGAAGGGUCGAGCCCAGAGUGUGCUUCUGGAACCGAAGUGUCCAGCCCAUCCGUGACGUCGUCACAUCAUCAUCAUUGGACCGGAUUGGAAUAAAAAGCUAAGUCCGUGCUUCUGGCCAGAGUGUCCAGCCAUCCGCGUCAUUGAAGUGCGCCGUGGUCCCGAGUGUCCAGCCGCAUCAAUUUAUGUUAUUUGUCAUACGUCCUUCUGUCAUUGGACCGGAUUGGAAAAAAAAGCUAAGUCCGUGCUUCUGGCCAGAGUGUCCAGCCAUCCGCGUCGUUAAAGUGCGCCGUGGUCCCGAGUGUCCAGCCGCAUCAAUUUAUGUUGUUUUGUCAUACGACUGUCAGUCGUAGAAUUGUCGUAAAAAUGGCUAACAAGAAGAGCAAUUACUUUGUUGAGAACAAAAACGGUGCAUGUCGCCUAUGUACCGAACCAAACGGUGAUAGUCCGUUUGUUAAGUGUGAAGAAUGCGAUCGAUAUUUUCACCUGGCCUGCGCCAAAUUAUCGGCGGUACCAACCGCAGAAGAAGAAUGGUUGUGCAUAAAAUGCCAAGAUAUCAAAAUCCAAUACCAACAAGAAGAAAAGAAAAGCACACCAGAUCAAGCCAUACUAGAACUCGCCAUGGUAUUACAGAACAAUAGUUUGGAAGCCAGCCGCCAUAUCAAGAAAACCACAUUAGUAAACCUUCCAGAAUUUGAUGGGAAACCACAAGACUGGCCACAUUUCAAAAAGACAUUUGAAGACACAACAAUUGAAGCAGGUUUUAGCAAGCUAGAAAACUUGAAUCGUUUGCAACGAUUUGUUAAGGGAGAAGCCGAAAAAGCAGUGCGUGCCUUACUCUUGGAUCCGCAGAACGUUCCGGCCAUCAUGGCUCGUUUAGAAGAACAAUUUGGAAGAGCGGACCAAGUAUACAAAGAGCUAUUGAAAGAUGUGGUGAAAAUAAAGGUCGAAGGACAAAUGAAAAUAAUGGAGCUUUCUGACGCUCUUGAUAACCUAGUUACAAAUAUAAAGAUUUUAGGAAAAAGAUCUUAUUUGAAUGAUCCUCGACUCAUCGAUGAAUUGUUGGCAAAACUUUCGAUCGAUAAACAACUGAAUUGGGCACAGCACAAAGCCAGUCUAGAGGCAGCUAAUUCCGAAGUAACGCUUGACCAGUUCAACGAUUGGAUGCACCAAAUAUCGAAGGCAUUGCGAAGUCUGCCAAAAAGAACAGAGCGACCACAGAACAAGGUAAAUGUUCACAAAUAUCACAAUCGCAAACCACCAGGAAAUUCCCAGCAAAUGAACAUUGCUCAAAACUUGCACACAGUUUGUCGCUUGUGCAAAGGACAACAUACGUUGCCAGAGUGUGAAAACUUUUUACAGAAAAACAUUAGUGACCGAAUUGCAUUCACCACACAACACCAUCUGUGUUUCACAUGUCUCCUCUCCAGCGAGCAUGUCCAAAGAAACUGCCCAUUGUCCAAAGUAUGUAGUGUGCAGGGAUGUAUUCGGCGGCAUCAUCCUCUGUUACAUGAAGUGCCCCAGCCAAUAUAUUAUCACUAUAACGACGUACGUGUCUACUACCAGAUCGUUCCGAUAACCGUACGCAAUGGGUCAGUGGCUAUGAAAACGUUUGCUUUCUUGGACGCUGGAUCGUCACUAACACUGAUGGAGGAAGAUUUGGCAAACAAGUUAGGUUUACAAGGCCGGCAAGAUCCAUUAACAAUGACGUGGACCCAAAAUCUAACGGUAGAACAAGACACCAGUCGUCGAGUGCAACUUACGAUUGUAAAUGAUCAAGGAAAAGAAUUCCUAUUGAAAGAGGUGCGAACCGUUAAAAAUCUACAACUACCACAACAAACAAUAGACACCAAUAGAUUACUUGCUCUUUACCCACACCUGAAAGGCAUUAAAAUAGAAUCGUUUACAAACGCUUACCCUACCAUCCUCAUCGGCUUAAGUCACAGCCACCUUAUCAUGCCAUUAGACCGCAGAAUGGGCCGUCCAGAAGAACCGAUGGCUAUCAAAACAAAACUCGGAUGGAUAAUAUUCGGAAAUGAGUACACACAACUGGCAACAAGAUCGGAUCAUUUCAUGGUACACAAAAACGAGGAAAUAAUGAAUAGAAUGAUCCAACAAUACUUCAGUACGGAAGACUUUGGAGUGAAAGUGACAAAACCUCUUGUGCCCAAAGAGAUAGAGCAAGCGAAUAAAAUUCUAGAAAAGACACUAGAGAAAAAGGAUGGAUAUUAUCAAGUGGGACUGUUGUGGAAACCAGAAGUGGCACACUUCCCAAAUAGCUAUCCAAACGCACUGAAACGCCUAGUAAGUUUGGAAAAGCAGUUGAAUAAGAAUAGAGAGCUGCAAGUUUGGGCAAAGAACACAUUUGCAGAUUACAUACAGAAGGGUUAUCUGAGAAAGUUGACGCCAAGCCAGGUUGCUAUUGCAACACCAAAAACUUUCUAUCUACCGCAUUUCGUUGUAGUCAACCGAAACAAACCGAUACCGAAACCACGAUUGGUGUUUGACGCGGCUGCUGAAGUCAAUCACAUUUCGCUGAACUCCCAAUUACUAUCUGGCCCUGACGAAAUGGCUUCACUUUUCGGUGUCUUGCUACGUUUUCGAGAAGGCAACAUCUGCGUCACAGGGGACAUCCAAGAGAUGUUCCACCGAGUAAGAAUACGGGAAGAAGAUCAGGACUCUCAGCGUAUUCUGUGGCGAGAUUGUGAAAACCGGUGUCCCGAUGUGUACGUCAUGCAAGUCAUGACAUUUGGCGCGACUUGUUCGCCUGCAUGCGCACAAGUAGUAAAGAAUACCAACGCAGCUGCCCACGCCGAAACACACCCUCUGGCAGUAGACCCAAUAGUUCGGCAACAUUAUGUUGACGACUAUCUCGAUAGUUUUUUCACAAUGGAAGAUGCAAUUGAAACAGUGAGACAAGUAAUUGAGGUACACAAAGCUGCUGAUUUUCACAUAAGAAAUUUUACCUCAAACCGGGGGGAGUUACUGAAAACAAUUCCUCAAGAUCGUGUACAACAAAAAACAACUUCAGUACAAAUCGAAGAAAAGGGCCAAGACUACGAGAAGAUACUUGGUGUUCAUUGGAACUCAACGAUCGAUCAUUUUGGGUUUCAAGUCAAAAUGAACAAAGUAACAAAAGACAGGCCAACAAUGAGAGAAGUUCUUAGUUUUGUCAUGAGUGUUUACGAUCCGCUGGGCUUAAUAAGCCACGUAACAAUAGCUGGCAGAAUUUUAAUGAGAGAACUUCAUGUUAUAACGAAGGAUUGGGACUCCACCAUUCCAGAUGAAUUACAAGAGAAAUGGGAAGAAUGUCUACGCGUAGUAAAGAGUGCCGAAAACAUACGAAUCGAGGCAAUGCUUAAUUCCCGGCCCUUAACACACAUACCGCUGGAAAAUGAAGAAGACGAAAUACUCACACCAUUUCAUUUUCUUAUUGGACGAAAUGGCAGCCAUAUACCACCAGUAGUGAACGAAACCUCGGCAGCAAACAGGCAACAGUACAAACUCACACAGCAUUACUCAAAGAUAUUCUGGGACCGUUGGAAAAAAGAAUAUCUUCCAACACUAAUACGCCGAAAUAAGUGGACUAACCACGUAGAACCCAUAAAGGUGGGAGACAUAGUCGUGCUGUUUGAUGACAACGCACCUCCGGGAAAGUGGAUCAAAGGAAGAAUUAUGAAAGCGAAUAUGGCCCCGGAUGGGCAAGUACGAUCAGUGGAAGUAAAAGUGGGAGAAAACAUAUUAAAACGGCCAGCUGUCCGAGUUGCCGUAUUAAAUAUAGAGCAAAAAGAACAUUUGCUUCUCCACACAACAUCUCAGCAACACCAGGGCACACAUCGAAUCAGACCGCUUCAGCCUAACAACGACAACAAUGAAACGAAGCCUCCUCGCAAGAAGACAAAGAUCGCCCCAUGUCAUUGGGCAAAACAGUUGUUGGAAAAUAACCCACCAAGCACUUCGACCAACUAAGCAAGAAGCGUAAUCCCCACCUGUGAAUUACGUGGGGGAGAAUGUUGCGUGCGAAGUGCAUGCAGAAUAAAAAAUAAAAAAUGAAAAGACACAAGAUCGGUGAAUUUCCACGAAACGCCAGCCGUACCCCCCACGAUGAACGUCGCUACCAGCACGCGCAGCACCGGUACCGUCUACACAAAGGAUUGCUCGAUGGAUUGGUCGAUGCGGAAUUUCUGGAAUCGCCGGUGCGAACAGAUGUCGCCGGGAGUGACAAUGGAAACCGGGAGCGCGAUGGGAGUUGGGGACAAACGGGAAUGGGAGUGGGAGGAAAGGCGUAGAAUUUUGGGUUAGUAUCGUGCAGAAAAAUUGUGAAAAUUUUGGUAUAUAAAGGCGGCUCAAGCUGGAGCCAAAUCAGAUUCGAACGAUAAGCCAAAGUGUUAAGAGCUUCAUUUCAUAACAUCCGAAAUAAUCCGAAUCUCAAGGAACGAUCCCCCUUUCUGUUGCAUAGACUCCCGAGGCAGCGAGGAGCACUAGCUGAAAGGCUUGGAGAAUUCCCCGUUGUAGCCGUAGGAGCCGGAACCUUCGCCCGGCGGAGCCCCUCGGCCGCAACACUCCGUUUGCUACUAAAACGCGACGAAUGAUUGAGUCAAUCUAUUUUUUUAAAUUUCCACAAAGAACUC